CCGCUCCCGCUCCCUUUUCCCCAUCGCCGCCACCGCUCCCGCUCCCGGGGGCAGAGCGGGGAGCGAGCGCACGGGCGAAUCGCCGGCGAGGGAGAAAGCUCAGGCUCGUCUCCGGCCGCGCCAUGCCGUGCGGCAGAGAUGGCGCCCUCCGAGCCGCCCCCGCUCCUCUCCCGCCGGCUCCUGGCCCUGAUCCUUGCCCUCGCCGCCCUCAUAUCCCCCACCUCCGCCGCUAGGAAGAUCCUAGCCUCCGUCACCCCUAUCUUGUGGGACCUCUACCUCCCCCAGGUAUGGCGCGGGAAGGUGCGCCGGAAGCGGAUGCCCAGCAGCGAGAAUGCCGUCUCCACGCGCGUCACCGCCAUCAUCGCCUCCAAGAUCUGCCACAAGACCGGCAAGCAUCGUGGCUGCGAGGGCGCUUCCUCCCUCCCCCUCCUCGUCACCGGGCGGCCACCCAGCCAGGAGAAGAAGGAGCACACCCAGGAGAAGAAGGAGCAAGCGCAGGAGAAAAACAACGAGCAGGAGAAGAAGGCCCUGGAUUGCUGUUGCUGGAGUGUUUACGGAAACAUGAUCUUCUCCCAUGUACAGUGCGGUCACAUUUCAUGUCUACAACUCUCCAUCAAUGCACGCCGUGACCAUUGGUGCUGCCGCCGCCCGCUGUGCCAGUUGGAGGUGCUGCUGCUGCAUCUGGUGGAGCUGCAGCUGCCGCUCCAAAGGGCAACCUUCAUCAGACACAACCCCAUAACAGGGCCUCAAGAUGUUCUGCAUCAGCCUGUCAUUGCUAAGGGAGAAGCGGGACUUGGAGGAGAAAUCUUUCCAUUAAGCAGAUUACAUGUUUGGUUGCUGUUAAGUACCAGAUAGGCUAGUUCUAUUUUUUUCAUGAUCCUGGAGUAUUUCAGCAGCGCCAUGCAAAUGCAGUAGCGUUAGGUUUCUGAUUCACCUUUUGUAAAAACUUCAUUAGCCCGCAGUCAGUUAGUAGUAGCUCAGCCAGCCAGCCAGCCUCAAAUAGUGUUGCUGGAAUGAAUGGUUGUAAUAUAAUAACAUUGCACGUUGCUUUGAAAAUGUAUCAGAACUGGGCUAGGCCCAUGAUAGAUUGUGGUGUGAUGUGUUGUAAUGUCAAUGGCAUAGUAAUUUUUUUUGGAUUGGAUCAAUUUUUUCGGAACUGGGCUAGGCCCAAUUUAUAUUGGACAAUUAUUUUUGAGGGAAAAA